AUGAUGCUGAGUACUAUUCCAAUGUUUAUCUGUUUACUAAACGAAAAAGCAAAGGACUUAUCAAAGAGACCGUUGGCCUACACGGAAAUAUAAAAUGUGUUUUUGAUCGACAACAAACAAGACGAGCAAAUACAAAAAAAGAUUCAUAUAGACGCGAAAAAAAUAGUUUCAGAUCCUAUUGAAAUAGCGAAGAUUCGGUUUAAAUACGAAGAGGAGCUCCGAAAACAUAAGAAGUCUGAACGAGUCUAUGUUCAAUAUGCCAAAUUCGAAUGCCUGCAUGGUAAUAUCGAUAUGGCGCGAAGUAUAUUUGAAAGAGCUUUGGAACUAAUUCCAAUGUCAACUACUAUCUGGAAAGCCUACAUUCAGAAAGUGCAAGUUGUUAAAAAAUUAGAAGUGUGUCUGAAUGCUAUACAUGAAAGCAUCAAUAAUAGAACUAAGCUUUUAAAAAAUUUCAAGUCACUUGAAGUUUGCGAAUUUAUUCAAGCUAUGGUUAAACUAAUUAAUUCAUGGUCGAAAAAAUCUGAUGCAAUUAUGAUAGGUUAUAAGAUUUUGCAUACGAUAUUUGCAAAAGUAAAAGAAAACAAUCAGGUAUUAGUCGUUGAUAACGAUACAAUGAUUGAAAUGCUUAAGUGUACGGCUUUAUUUCCAAUGUGGUUCGAAGCAAGAGAGAUGUUAUGUAAUACUAUCGUGCUAGCUAUCGAUACAGUAGAAAUGAAAGAAGAGAAAUAUAAUAUAAUAUACACAUAUUUAAUCGAUAAACUCAAAAAUAUUGUUGAUUCAGAAGUUAAUUUAGCAAUAAUGAUACACUUUGAAAAAAAACGAAACAUGAUUAAAAAUUUAAUUACUAGAAUUAACGGAAGCUUUAACACUGUUCUCAGUUUCUAUGAAGCUGAAAAAUAUAAUAAAGCUUCUUCAUUACUUCAAAAAGUGGUUUCAUUUAUUAGUAGUAUCGAUACAACCGAAGUUUUAAAUCAAUUAGUACUUGAAUCGUUGUUAACCACUAUGCUUAAAGAAAUCGAAGUUCACAAAAAUACAACAAGAUAUAAAAACGCAUUCAAACUCUUUAUGAUGGCUUUAGAUUUUGGUGAAAACUUUAGUAAAAUAUAUAAAACGCUGUCACAAAAAAUAAAUCUCGAGUUAGAAAUAAACAAUCUUUUAAUCAAUGAAGUAGAAAUAAAAUAUGCAAUAUACAAACAUAUUGCAUCCGUUCCAUUUGUAAUACUUAAAACGUUGCCGGAAUUUGAAUUGUUUUAUGCAACUUUAAAAGAAUCGCAUAAAUCAAUGAACGCUGACAUUGUUGAAAAAUGCAACAAAAAUAUUUUAUUGCUAAAGAACAAAAAGUUAGCUGAAUAUUUAAUUCGUCACGGUAUAGAGAAGAAUUUUUACAACAUUUUAAACAAAGAUAAAACUUGGACCAAAUCUAUAUUAUCACUGUUAAUAAGCUUGGAAGAUCGACAUAAGUAUAAAUGCGAAAUAAAAAUCAAUGAUUAUAUUACUACAACGUGCAGACUGAUUAUUUCAUCGACUGAUCGUGAAGUAAUUAAUCUUUGUGUUACGCUGAUCAAAAAAAUUGAUGAACAAGCGGGAAUUGGCUGCCCAAGUCUUGUAGAAAAAUUUUCAAAAAGUGCACUAGGUUGUCAAUUAUUGUUAAAUUUAUUAGUCAAUACUAAUCAAUCUGAUAACUGCUUAAUUACUGUUUUGGUUAACAAUAUUUUACUAAUUGACAAAAAUGAAUCUUUAUACGCUUCUAAAUUAAUAAAAGUUAUUUCAUUAGUUAUUACUAAAGUCGAUGCUUCAGUUUUAUAUUCAAAUAAAGCAAAUAAAUUAGUAGAAUUGUUUAAUUGGGCUAAAGAUAAAAAACCUAUAAUUCUUUCUGCUAUUAUUAAUGUAUUAGUAGCAAGUUAUAAUAAAAAUCCGAACGAAAGUAAGAUUGAAGAAAUUUCAAAAAUUCUUGAUCAAAUUGCCAUCAACAUUGAAAGCAAUAGUUAUAGCCUAGUUGAAAUAACGGAAGUUAUAAUCAAUGUUAUUGAAGCUCUUGCUGAAAUCAGUGAUAUAAAACAAUUGUUUAAGUUAGCUAAUGGGCUUAAAAUUGAAGAAUAUAUACUACUUAAUAAUCUUGCUAAAGCUUUGUUAGAAAAUAAUCAUGUUUCCAGUUUACUAAAAAAAAAUGAAUUAUUUAUCUCGGUUGUGGAUUACUUUAAGCUUAACAAAUAUCAAAAUAUUCCUGAAAAAACUAAAGAAAUUUUAGAAGAGAUAGAUGAAAUCGAACUUAAGUGGAAGAUUGAAUUUUACAAUAAUAUUACUUUAAAUUCAGAUGUUAACGAUGUAGUAGCCAGUACAAUUAGUUAUUUUCUGAACAUACUCAUGAAGUUACUCUCAAGUUCUGAAUUAAAUUUGAUUGAUCCAGCUGACAUUAUACACAAGCUCAGUAUUUUAGCAAUGCUAGAUCAUGAACAGAUGAAUAUAUCACAACCAUUUUUAACUUGUCUUGAUAUUGAACAUUUGAAAUUGUCUAAAAGUGCAUUAUAUGAGUUAAUAUAUACUAUCGGCGAAAAAUCGCCAUUGGCCAUUUCAGCAGUCUGGAAGCUAUCAACGACUGAGCUAUCAAGCUUGCUGGCCACCAAUUUCACUGAUAUUUCUGAUACAACGACAAUCGUGUUUAAGUUUCUUACAAGAGUUGAAAAUAAACGUAUUUGUUUUGUACUUUGUCGCUCUACUUAA